CCGUGACGAACAUAUUCGUCGGGAACCUGUCGAGUCGAAAUCCGCCUCAGAUUCCAAUUCCACAAUUAAAAAGAAUAAGCAGCUAGCUUUAUGUGAUGACCUGAGAAGAUGCUGGACUCUGAGGAUUGUGCUUUGCCUUUGGAUAGCCUGUUCUACGAAGGGCCCAUUGUUCAGAAAGUAAAACCCCUGCAUCAUGAGAAAGUGGCCUGGCAACUUGAACCACUCCCAUCAGAGUCUGAGAUAACACCUACCCAAAUCUUGCAGAGAGAAAUAAAAUCUCUUUGUGUAACUGGUCCUUAUCAGAAGUCAAAGAAAUUUUUGCCCCCUUUGAAAAAAUCCAGUGUGGGCAGAAAUUUUGCUUCAGAAAGAGGGAAUCCUCAAAACCCCAAAGAUGAGCUACUCGGAUAUGGGCAUCCCCCUCUUUUGACCACAGAGGGUUGUGCUAAAUCACAAAGUCUGCUCAGCACUGACCCACCAAAGGACCUCAGCUGUCUGCCUGAAAGGCCACUUUUCAGUUCUUUUCAGUUCUUUGGCAACAGCUCAAAGUUCAGGAGGAGUUUAUUUAAACCUCCUCAAACAUGGGUUUCAGAGCACAAUGCACAGCGCAGUAAUGGGCCAUAUCAAAACCCAGCCAGUGGAAAUGGUGUCUUCACUGGCCAAGCACCAAAUGUGACAGAAAAUCCAUCCAUGAUAUCAUCCCUUACAGCUUCCAGUCAACGAACAAGUUCCGGUCUGUCUGGUGCAGACAGCCCACAGACCUCCAUGUGGGAUCACUGCACGCAAAAAGCCUGCAUCCAUCCCCUUAAUCCUCAGCCAGUCAGUAUACAAGGUCAAGAUGGAUCAGGGCCUGCUGUCCUCCGUUCAGUCACUGAAAUCCCUGCACAAUUCAGAACGGUCUUCAAAGAGUUCCCUUACUUUAAUUACGUUCAGUCUAAAGCCCUUGAUGAUAUUCUAUAUACCAGCAAAAAUUUUGUGGCCUGUGCUCCUACAGGCUCUGGGAAAACAGUGCUGUUUGAAUUGGCAAUUAUUCAACUGUUGAUGGAAAACCCACCACCAUGGUGCAAUGUCAAAGUUGUGUAUAUGGCGCCAAUUAAAGCUCUUUGCAGUCAGCGUUACGAAAACUGGAAGCAGAAAUUUGGCCCUCUAGGGUUGAACUGCAAGGAGCUGACAGGCGAUACGGAAAUUGACGACUUCUUUGAGAUCCAAGAUGCACACCUCAUCAUGACUACACCGGAGAAAUGGGACAGCAUGACUAGGAAAUGGAGGGAUAACUGCUUGAUGCAGCUGGUCAAGCUUUUUCUUAUCGAUGAGGUCCAUGUGGUCAAGGAUUCAACCCGUGGAGCGACGCUUGAGGUUGUCGUCAGCCGAAUGAAAACAAUCAACUCUUACCACGAGAACGAAAACCCUCAGUCAGGACCCUCUGUGAGAUUUGUGGCUGUUUCAGCUACCAUUCCAAACAUGUCUGAUAUUGCUGAAUGGCUGUCGGAUUGGUCUGGUCCCGCUACAUGUUUGGAGAUGGACGAAAGUCAUCGUCCCGUGAAGCUGAGGAAGGUGGUGCUCGGGUACCCCUGUGGCACCAAUCAGACAGAGUUCAAGUUUGACCUGUCCCUCAAUUACAAGAUUGCAAAUGUCAUCCAGACCUACUCAGAUCAAAAACCAACUCUUGUGUUUUGCUCCACAAGGAAAGGCGUGCAGCAGUCUGCAUCGGUGCUAGCUAAAGACGCUAGAUUCAUAAUGGGUGCUGAACACAAACAAAGGUUGAUGAAAUAUGCAAGCUCCAUUCUUGAUUCUAAACUCAGAGAUCUUGUUAUGUGUGGAGUCGGGUUUCAUCAUGCUGGUAUAGAUGUGUCUGACAGGAAAAUAAUUGAAGAUGCAUUCAUAGCUGGAGACCUACCAGUACUCUUUACAACAAGUACUUUGGCAAUGGGAGUGAACUUACCUGCCCACCUGGUGAUUAUUAAGUCCACCAUGCACUACGUCAGCGGGGCUUGUGAGGAGUACAGCGAGAUCGACAUGCUGCAGAUGAUUGGCCGAGCCGGCAGGCCCCAGUUUGACACGACAGCAACUUCUGUGAUCAUGACCCGGUCACACACAAAAGAUAAGUACCAGCAGCUAGUCAGUGGGACUGAAACCAUCGAGAGCAGCUUACACACACAACUUGUGGAGCACCUAAAUGCAGAGAUCGUUCUUCACACCAUCUCUGAUGCGAAUGUGGCCCUGGACUGGAUUCGUUCCACUUUUCUGUAUAUCCGAGCUCUGAAGAAUCCCAGCUACUAUGGUUUUUCAUCUAAUCUGGAUAGAGCUGGAAUCGAAACAAGACUUCAAGAGCUCUGUCUGAAGAACCUGAACUCCCUGGCUACCAUAGGUCUGAUCACUAUGGAUGAGGACAUCAAUUUUAAACCUACCGAGGCUGGUAAGCUUAUGGCCAGAUACUGCAUUGCUUUUGACACCAUGAAGCAGUUCAGUCUGGUUUCUGGAUCAGAAACAAUGCCUGAGUUGAUUGGACUGAUCUCUAAAGGCAAGGAGUUUAGUGAUGUGCAACUGAGAAUAAAUGAGAAGAGGACUUUGAACACCUUGAACAGGGAUAAAAACAGGACAACAAUCAGAUACCCAUUGGAGGGAAAGAUUAAAAACAGUGAAAUGAAAGUUAACUGUCUGAUUCAAGCCCAGCUAGGCAGUAUCCCUGUUCAAGAGUUUGGACUUAUACAGGAUACUGGGAAAAUAUUCAGAAAUGGAAUCCGGAUUACCAAAUGUUUGUCUGAAUUGCUCAGCCAGAACUCCAAGAAGAAGUUCACAGCUCUGCUCAAUGCCCUGAUUUUGUCCAAGUGCUUCCGGGCCAGACUCUGGGAAAACUCGCCAUUUGUCUCAAAACAGCUGGAGAAAAUUGGCCUGACACUUUCUACAGCCAUGGUGAACGCAGGACUGACAACAUUCCAAAAGAUCGAGCAAACCAAUGCCAGAGAGCUGGAGCUGAUUGUCAACAGGCAUCCACCUUUUGGAAACCAAAUCAGAGAAGCUGUCAUACAUCUUCCCAAGUAUGAAGUCAGUCUGGAACAGAUUCCAAGAUACAGCAUUUCAACAGCAGAGAUUGUUGUCACUGUAAACUUAAGAAACUAUGAGCAGCUGUUGUCAAAAAGAACUGCCCCUGACCACCAUUUUGUCACUUUAAUUAUAGGGGAUUGUGACAAUAAUAUGGUUUUCCUCCAAAAGCUAACUGAUUCUUUGCUCUUGAAAUCUGGAAGCUGGUCAAGGAAAACUGAAGUCACAAGAACACCCAAAGGAGAGGAACUUAGUGUAAAUUUGAUUAGCUCGGAAUUUGUGGGACUUGACAUUCAGCAGAAGUACAGUGCUUUCUAUGCUGGAGCUAAGAGAUUUGCAGCGGAAACGACUGGCUCAGAAAGUAUGCCGAUCACAGCACCAAGUCUACAGGGCACAUUGCAGAAAGCACCAAGUAGCACACAGAGAGCUGUGGGUAUGGCACACAGAUCACCCAAAGGUGCCCCAUCUGUAGAAAGAGGUUCUGCAAAAGAGAACAUGUAUCCAAAUACAGGAAAAAGGCAAUGUAACCAUUUUUGUAAAAAUAAGGAACAAUGUGGACAUGACUGCUGUAAAGUUGGUGUGGGGACUGUUCUUAAAAGGAACACAAAUCGGGAAUCUGGGUUUUCAUCCUACCUCAGAGAUCUGAAAUCCAGGAACGAAACCUUCUCAGAGACCCCAGUGAAGCGUCUGAAGAUGAAAAUGUGUGAAGAGGCAGCAGGGAACAUACAAAAUUUUUCAUAUCAACCCAAGGGCCAUUUACCUGCUUUCUCAAGGUAUGAAGGAAACUAUUAUAAUUCUGAUGAAAGAGCAGAUUGUGUGGAAUCUACAGAGGAUAGUGCAAGCGCAAAACAGAUGUCUAAAGAAGGGUCUUAUGAUAAGGACUGCAACAAAUAUCUGGACAACCUGAGCAGUGGGGAAGAACAGGAAAUCAAAAAGAAACCACAACAGUCAGCUGACACACUGAUGUGGGGGCUUUCCAGCUCUGGCUAUAGGGAGUCCAGCCUCAGCCCUGUGAACCAAACCUAUGGCUUUUCCAAUAUCCCAAGCUCAGAUCCCACAGAUGACAGCGAGUUCUUUUCUUCUGAUAAUGUGAAUUUUGACCUGAGAGUAGAUGACUGGGAUGAUUUUGAUGAUGAGAAUUUAGUUCAUGCCAGUGAGACUGUAUCCAUGACUCAAGGGACAGGGUGUGAGAAGCCAAUAGGUUACUCAGCACCACUGUCACCCUGUGAACAACCCAAAUCAAUCUUUAUAGAGUGUAACAGAUCAUACGGGGCAAACUACACAACCAUCAGACGUCAAGCACUAGAGCUUACGCCUCUCACUCACUCCCCUAAACCAAAUAACUGCAUUACUUCUUUCAUUAAAGACACUAAACAAUGCGACAGCAAUUACGGGACUCGGAAGAGGUCUGCCUUGCAAAAACAGAGUGAGCCAAACCUGGCAACACAGAAUAGACAGUUUGACUUCUUUUUAAAGACGGAUGUUGAAACAUAUACAACAGACCUAAAUGGCAGGUAUCAGGGAGAAGAUAGUGCUCUGGAAAUGGAAGCAUUCGGUGGGAUACUAGAUGGAAUAUUUUAGGGCAUUUUUAAUCUAUAAAU